GCGCCCGGGGCCGGCAGCCCCUCAUGGCCGCCCGGCGGCUCGGGGGGACCGCGGGCACCACAGGGCCCCGCCGCCACGUCUGCUUCCGCCGGCUGCGGGGCGGGGCGGCCCCGCACCAACAUCCGGGGCGGGCGGCGCCUUGCGUUGUGUGGCCUUGCUCCAGCCCUGCUCCCCACCUGCUCUGGAGGCAACAGUACCUGCAGGGACGCACUCCCUUCAAGUGUCAAGCAGCUGGACGGACACGACCAUCACAGCAAGGCGCCGAACACAGCGGCUCUGCUGCACUGAGGGUCUGCAGAGACUGGGGGAGCACCUGCACCCGAGGUCUACCACCAAAUAAUCUCCCAGGGCUUCCCAGCCUCAUGAGUCCUGUCCUGGCUGGUGAGCAGUCCAACCAAGAGCUCUCUGGUUUAACAAACUGGGAACAAAUGCUACCAAAACCGCCAUACUGAGAUAAAGACCCAUGGUCUGUCACACUGUCUGUUUUAGGCUCUUUUCCUAAGCACCUGAUGCUGUUGAAGAAACACAUGCACACAAUCAUUUAUGCAAGAAGCUGCUGAAGCAACUUUUCUCUGGCUGGGACGACUGACCCUCUCUGCACACUCACACGUAUUUCUGUCAUCCAGCUGUGCCAUAAUCAUUCCAAGACAGAGUAUCUGGUACUCCACAAAAUUGUCGAGAUACAGGACUUCCGAAUUCAGUAAAGGAAUAGAAAUGUCACAGUGCUCACGUAAACACAGUUUGAAGAGGGAUGACUGGUGAGUGAGGAAUCAGGGCUCCUACUGAGAAAGCACUGGGCUGUCCUGCCAGCAUCCCCUCUUAUCCAGCCACGUGCAGCUGGAGGAACGCUUACUCAGAGUGACUUUGUGCUGACCUCAUCUAACAAAGGAUGGAUUUCACAGAGGCGUAUUCUGAUCGGUGUUCCACUGUGGGACUCGCAGCAAGAGAAGGAAAUGUUAAAAUGCUGAGGAAACUGAUUAAACAGGGGUACAGUCUCGAUGUCCCAGAUAACAGGGGGUGGAUGCCAAUCCACGAAGCAGCAGCUCACAAUGCCAGUGAAUGUCUGAGGCUGCUAAUUGAUGCAGCUCCAUCUGACAACUACAUAAAUUCAAAGACGUUUGAAGGCAUGGGUGCACUGCACCUUUCUGCACGCUGUGGCUCUUUGGAAAACGUCGGUGUUCUUCUAGAAGCUGGAGUCAAUGCUGAUGAAGUUACCACUGAGGCAACCACCGCGCUCUUCCUAGCUGUUGAAAACGGACAUGUAGAGGUUGUAAAGCUUCUGCUCCAACAUGGAGCAAAUGUUGAAGGACCUCAUUCCUGGUCUGGGUGGAAUUCUUUGCACCAAGCUGCUUUUCAGGGAUACACUGAAAUAAUUAAAAUACUCCUGGAGAAAGGUGCAAGCAUUGAAUGUAAGGACGACUUCGGAAUUACACCUUUGUUUGUUGCUGCUCAGUAUGGAAAGCUGGAGAGCUUAAGAGUGCUUGUAUCCCAUGGCGCAGACAUCAACUGUCAGGCCAAAGACAGAGCCACUCCACUACUGAUCGCUGCGCAGGAGGGCCAUGCAAAGUGUGUGGAGCUGUUACUGUCAAAAGGGGCAGAUCCAAACCUCUACUGCAACGAGGACAACUGGCAGUUACCUAUUCACGCAGCAGCUGAAAUGGGCCAUAAAAAUAUACUAGAGAUGCUAAUACCAAUUACUGACCGGAUUUGUGACAGAGAAAAAGGCAAAGUGAGCCCUGUGUAUUCAGCAGUAUAUGGAGGUAAUAAAGAAUGUUUGGAAAUGUUACUUAAAGAAGGCUACAGUCCAGAUGCUCAGGAGUGCCUUAGCUUCGACUGCAGAUCACCCAUGUGUAUGGUUUUCCAAAAAAAGUUUUUUAAUUUAAUUGGUAUUUUUCUGAAAUACGGGAUCACGCUGCUUGGGAUCAAUUUGGGAUAUUGCCUGUGCCAUGAAAAGUUUACGUUGUUUCGACGCUUCUUGAAGUUGGGCUGUUCACUGCCUUCUGGCGAUCAGUUAUCAGAGUUCAUAAGUUACGCAGUUAAAGCACACGAGGAUUACAAGGAAUGGCUGCCCCACCUGCUCUUGGCUGGUUUUAAUCCAGUGAAUUUGCUGUUCAGGUUCUGGAUUUACUCUGUGAGUGAGGAUGUCCUUAAUUUCAUUCUGGAGUUCACAAACUGGAAGAGACUUCCCCCAGCUGUCGAACGAGACCUUUCAGACUACAAAGAGAAAUUCAGCUGGACUCCCAAGAGCCAUUUUGCCUUCAUUCCUUCCCUGUCUCACCUGUGUCGUCUUGAGAUCCGGUCCAUUUUAACGAGUGAACGCCUGCGAUCGGACCGCUUCAUCCGGGACUUGCCGCUGCCGGCCUGUCUGCAGGACUACCUCCUGUACCUGGACGUACUUCGUGCCAGCGCUGUCCCAGAGCAGGAGGAUUGCCUGGGGCAGCGAGAGGAGGCAGUUCACUCUGCCACCACCUCCAGCUCUGAAGAUGCAGAGAGGAGGGACAGUCUGUAAUGCCAGCACUAGCUGAUGGCACUGCCAGCGAUUCAACGCUGUGGCUGCAGGUUUUGUAAAGGCAGUUAGCAGGCACCGGGGACGUACUGCUGUAAGUAAGGUUGCAGAAAUGAAUCUUUUCAUGCUGCAGUUUUAUACCAAAUUGGGACGUUUGUUACAAGCUCUAUGAUGUGCUCAUUUAAAAAGUCUUCUUGUAGCUUUCUAGGUCUGUGAAUAUUUUCUGAUUUUGAAAGGAAGUGUUUAACUCUUGCAGAGUAAAAUUAGCUUGUUCAAUGAACAGAGCUUAUAUAGUAGCUGAAGUCUAUUUGGUCAGACACUGUGAAUAGAUACCGCAUUCUAAGUACAGCAUAUAAAGUACAAGGAAAACAAUGGUGUAUUAUUGUUGUGAAGUUGUCUGUUGGGGAGUAAUCUAGCUGAACCAGAGGCAGAAAUUUAAUGAGAAAGGGAAGGAUUUCCUAAAUAAACUACCCUCCCCCCUUCUUUCCUUGUUCAUCUGUAUUCAGCAUGUGGAGAGCUGUUGUUCUUUUAUCAUCAUUUUCAGUCAUCUUUGAGCAGCUCUUCCUAGUCACUUCCCUUGGAACUAUUUGUGCUCGUCUCCCCACAUGGUUGCUUUUAGUCAAUAUUUUUAUAGUUAAGAGCAAAUCAUUGCAUAUGAACAUUAAGUUAACAUGAUCCAAAGUCAAGGGAUUUGUUUGUAUCUCUUACUCAGUAACAAAUACACCACUUUCUUUAGAACUGUUUACAACCUUGAUUUAACGUCAUAAUUUCUUAAGAAUAUUCCUUAUACCUCAAAUAUGUUUACAGCUAGCACUGGAGCCUAUAAGAGCUGCAACUAUGAUUUGGAGCAAUAGUUGCAGUUUUCUGCUCAAAUUUAUUGCGGGAUGUAACUUUAACAUUUGUGUUCUUCAGUGAUAAACUGAAUUAUGAAAUAAAUGAGAUCCUUUCCUCUAAAUAGAAUUUCUUGCAUAAAAUCUGAUUAACUUGUAGUGUUGUGGUUUUUUUUACAAAGCUGUAUCAAACUGCACACUUUCAUUAUUAGAGUACAACACAUUUUGCAGCCCUUAUAAACUAGUUUCCUAUGUGUUAGCAACAACUUCUCUUAACAAAGGAUAUAGGAGAAAAUAAAAAAAUGCAUUGAAGAG